AUGUCCGACUUAACGACUAACCAAGGUGGCAGACAGCUGGAGAGAGAGGUGUCGGAGAAAACAGCAAACUUUACUUCUGGGACCGCGCCAGAUUAUGAAGCUCCACUACUAGGUGAUGGGAGUCCGGGUGUUCGACGCAUUGAGAUUUUAGCCUCGCAUUUUGGUCUGUGGGACCGGGUCUUCCUCUUUGCGAGUCUCUUUCUUGUUGCCUACGUUUAUGGUCUAGAUGGAACGGUUCGCUAUACUUACCAGCCAUAUGCAACCCAGAGUUAUGGUCAACACAGCUUACUCGCGACCGUUAAUGUCCUACGCGCAGUCAUUGCAGCGGCUGCUCAGCCAACCGCGGCAAAAAUUGCAGAUGUAUUCGGCAGAGUCGAGCUGAUUAUCAUUUCAAUCAUAUUCUAUACUAUUGGUACUAUUGUUGAAACGUUCGCAAAGAGCGUCGAGGCAUUCGCGGCUGGCGCUGUGAUUUACCAGAUUGGCUAUACUUGUAUCAUGCUCCUUGUUGAGGUGCUGAUUGCCGAUGUCACAUCCACUCGAUCUCGGCUUCUCUUCUCCUACAUUCCUGCUCUACCAUUCAUCAUCAACACUUGGAUCAGUGGGAACUUAACCGCUGCCGUACUUCGCGUCACAAGCUGGAGAUGGGGCGUCGGAAUGUUUGCUAUAAUAUAUCCCGUCUCUACUAUCCCAUUGAUCACUGUGCUCUGGGUUGUUCACCGUCGCGCCAAGGCAUCUGGUCAGCUGGAGUCGUUCAAAAGUUCCUUCGAACUAAUGGGCGCUCGACGAUUGACAGUAGAGCUAUUUUGGCACUUGGAUGUCGUGGGCAUCAUCUUGAUGAUUGGAGUUUUUGCAUGCAUCCUUGUGCCAUUUACUCUUGCUGGUGGAGUGACUGCGCAGUGGAAAACAGCAAAGGUAAUCGCGCCGCUCGUGAUCGGUGUUCUCCUUAUCCCUGUCUGGAUGUACUGGGAGAGAACAUGCAAACAUCCCAUGCUCCCAUUCAAACAUUUGAAAAACCGUGGUGUUUGGGGUGCACUUGGUAUCGCUGUGAUGCUUAACACUGCAUGGUAUCUACAGGGCGACUUCCUCUACACCGUGCUCUACGUCAGCUUCGGCGAGUCUGUUCUGAGUGCAACCCGCAUCAGUUCCCUUUACAGUUUCACAUCAGUUAUUACCGGUGUCAUACUCGGUUUUAUUGUCUUCCGAGUUCGCCAACUCAAGCCGUUUAUCGUCACUGGCACCGUUCUAUUUAUGGUGGCCUUUGGUAUUCUGAUUUACUUCCGGGGCGGAACAGGAGGCUCAAGCCACUCCGGUGUGAUUGGAGGACAGAUUUUACUUGGAAUUGCUGGAGGUAUGUUCUCUUACCCUGCACAGGCUAGUAUUCAAGCUGUCAGCAAACAUGAACAUCUUGCCGUUGUCACUGGAAUCUACCUUGCAUCCUACAAUAUUGGCAGCGCCCUUGGAAAUACCAUUUCAGGCGCUAUCUGGACUCAGGUACUUCCUUCGGAGUUGACCAAAAGACUCGGCAAUGAGACACUCGCUGCCCAGGUUUAUGCAGAGCCAUUGGCAUUUGCAGCCGUGACUCCGGUUGGAACUGCGGAUCGAGAUAAUGUUAUUAUGGCGUACCAAGAGACCCAGAGGCUGCUUUGCAUUACUGGGCUGUGUCUGACUAUACCGUUGAUUGCGUUUGCGCUCUGCAUUCGCAACCCCAAGCUCACGAAAGAGCAGUCUCUCGCCAAGGAAGAAGAUGAUUAG